AUGGGCCUCCACCCGGACAUCGAUGCCCUUAGCAGAAACCGGGACGCCUACGUUGGCCACCCGUAUGCCUUCAGGCUCUUCGCGAUGAUGGUCUGCAAUCUGCUGAUUUUCAAGAUGAACUCUGCGUACCAAAGGUACUGGGAGGCCGCGGGAGCAUUGCAGUCUAUGGCCACGAAGUGGCUGGAUGGGGCGUGCAUGGCCAUCUCCUUCGACGCUGGAGGUGAUCCUGACCAUCCAUACCUCAACGGCAGCGAGUGGCAGAGGAGCUCCGAUCCUGACCCCAGCACAUGUAGCAAGGGUGGCCCAGAUCACGCCGAGUAUGUGAAGGAGGUCCUUCACCUCUGCAGCCUGCUCCAUGCCGUGACACUUCAGCACCUCCGGAGAGAUGAGAACCUCGACAACCUGGUGCCAGCAGCGGCGGGGCCCCGGCACACCAUCCUGCCCAAGAGCCCGUCGUUUUGGUCCGAGAGGUCCAUGUUCUCCGCGGAUCAUAUCUCGGACCUCUACAAGAUACUGAGGUUGCCUGUCUUGGGCGGCCUCAGACCGGAGGAGAAGGAAGCUCUCAUGGGCGACAGCAAAGGCCAAUCACUCCCGACGUGUGCACGGGCUGCCAUGGUGGAGGGUUGGUUCAUGCGCCGCCUCAUCUGCCGACAGAAGCAUGAGCAAGGUGAAACUUCCAAAACAUCGCCUCCCAUCCUCAGCCGACUCUAUCAGGUGAUCUCGGAUGGGACCUUGUGGUCGUCCACCGCCGCCAAGAGCUCGGAGAUCCCCUUCCCGUUCCCGUACCAGAACUUCGUCGAGGUGUUGGUGUGGCUCUUCAGCUUUAUGGCGCCCGUGGUCAUCAACGGUAUCAUCUUCGAGCAGUUCCUAAGGACAGCCGCCGUCUUCACCGUGGUGCUGUGCUUCCACACACUCAAAAACACAGCUGACGUCAUGGAGGACCCGUACCUUCCUUAUGAUCCAAACGAUCUUCCCCUCGUCUCGUGGCAGCGCUCCGUGAAUGCCCGGCUCCUGUGCUUCGGCCACGUGCCGCAGGACGAGGCAGAGUCCAUACACGAAGUUGCGCUGGAUGGGGAUCCCGACGGCCUCAGCCUACAGGGGGUGAAGUUGUCCGUGGGGACGUCCGAAGCAAAGUUGCAGGAAGAGUCCGUGUCCGAGGCGCCGGUGAAACUGCCACAAGGCGGCCAGCAGGGCUCGGUGUCGGCGAGUUGCUUGGAGUGCCUCCCGGUCACUUUUGGGAUCGCACACCUACACGCCUCGCACCGCUCCCGUUUCGCCUAG